UGUGGAUAGUAUGGCGUAUUUAAGCGCGAGCAGCAGGGCUGAGCGAGCUUCCUGUCAAACACAGCCAUGAUACAGCAGUCUCCUUAAUCGUGUCUAAAAAUAUAUUCUGCUUCCUUAUAAUGAGGUAUUACCUUGAUACAAAUGUCGUAGCGUCAUUUUGUUCACGUUUUGAAUAAUUUCUGAAUCGAUGUGGAGUUUUAUUUUCGACUUUCGCUAACUGGCUAAUGUUAGCAAGCUGGCUGUCAGUUGAGAAAAACUGAAAGCGGAAGAAGUGACGUGUUGGAUUCGAAAGCGGAAGUUCUGGAGUCCACAUUUCUGAUCUGAAAGCAGGUUUGUUUGUUUGUGGAAAGAGGAAUGGAUGGAGACAAAAGAGCAACUUCUGAAAGGAUUCUUCUGGAGCCAUACAAGUACUUGUUACAACUGCCAGGAAAACAAGUCCGAAAGAAACUCUCUCAAGCAUUCAACCAUUGGCUCAAUGUCCCAGAGGAUAAACUUCAGGUUAUCAUUGAGGUGACUGAAAUGCUUCACAACGCCAGUCUGCUGAUAGAUGACAUUGAAGAUAGCUCCAAACUACGACGUGGUUUCCCAGUCGCUCACAGCAUCUACGGCAUCCCGUCCGUCAUCAACUCCGCCAACUACGUCUACUUCUUGGGUCUGGAGAAGGUACUGAUGUUAGAUCACCCCGAGGCAGUGCACGUCUUCACCCGUCAGCUGCUAGAGCUGCACCGCGGCCAAGGCCUUGACAUCCACUGGCGUGACACCUACACCUGUCCCAGUGAGUCCGAGUACCGCGCCAUGGUGCUGCAGAAAACCGGCGGCUUGUUCGGCCUCGCCGUGGGACUCAUGCAGCUCUUCUCCGAUUGGAAACGAGAUCUCAAACCUCUUUUGGACAUUCUGGGUCUUUUCUUUCAGAUACGCGACGACUACGCCAACCUGAACUCGCAAGAGUACAGCGCCAACAAGAGCUUCUGCGAAGACCUGACGGAGGGAAAGUUCUCCUUUCCCACCAUACACGCAAUCUGCUCGCAUCCAGAGAGCACCCAGGUGCAGAACAUUUUGCGUCAGCGUACUGAGAACAUGGAUAUCAAGCGCUACUGCGUCGACUAUCUGGAGAAAGUGGGAUCAUUCGCGUACACCCGGCAGACCCUAAAGAAUCUGGAAGCUGAAGCGUACCGGCUGAUCGUGGACCUGGGAGGAAAUCCGGAACUUGAGGGCUUGGUGAAGCAUCUGAGUCGCAUGUACAAAGAGCCUGAAGCCAAAAGUUCAGUCGGACAAUCUGAAGAUCCUGGGACUGGAACUUCAGACACCCAAGCAAAUCUAUGACCCCAUGUCAAUUGUGUGCACACCUAUAGAUUCCUGAAACCUUGACCUUUUUUGUAUGAGUUUGUGGUUAUUUUUUGACUGACAUUAUUUGGCCUAAAGGCAGUUUGCUUUCUGAAGAUACACGAUAAAGAAAAUUAUCUUCUUUUGUUUGUCUUUGAUUAUUAGCAUUUGUAUUUGAGGGUUUGAGAAACCAAAAAUACAAACUUCCAGAAACUGAUAUACCUGAAACCACUACAAACAUUUAUUAUAACUUGCAUUAUGAAUCGCUCACAUUUCUGGGCCACAUUGCACCCCGAAUUAUAAGACAUGAGGUCAAAACCUUUUAACUUUGUGUUGAAAUAUUUCUUAUCUGGUCAUAUUUUUAAUAAAUUAAGUUAUAUCUUGCAAUUUUAAAAUGCAUGUUUGCCUUUUUUAUUUAAUAAUACAUUACCACAUAAACCGUAUUGUGCCCAUGCGUUAGGUUCCUGAAAAUGUGUCAUCAGAUUAAAACCAAAUCUUUUAUUCCUGUAGAGAUGAGGCCUUAUUUACACAUGUGGCUUCACAUUAAUGAGUGAUGAUGUGCAAAGAAACCCUUUAACACUCCUGAAGUACAUGCAGUAUGUCUUUUUACAUUUGACCUGAUUUCGAUUGAUGUUUUGACUUUAAUAUUUAUCUUUCAUUUGCUCUAAAGACAAAAAUAAAGUCUUAAAAUAAAGUGAAUUGGCAUGAAAGCUAUAAAUGUUUAGCACAUGCAAUGCAAAUACACCAGUAUAUGCUUAUUUAAUAAAAUUUUAUUGUUACAUCC